AUGGGCUUUGGAGUUGCGUCUAAAUUAUCACGUCUACUCGUCAGCAGCUGGCUCAAGAAAGACGAGGUAAAGCUAACGGUUACUGAAAGUGAUGACGCUGUGGAGAACAUUGAACACGGUGAAGCGAAUCAAAUCCAAUCGAUUGAUUGGAAUGAUUUAAACUACCCUUGGGGCCUAAAUAUUGUGCACUAUAGCGCGAAUGAACUGGAUGAUGUUUCUGCGAAGGUCUCACGUAUCUCACACAUCGGCACAUUUGUUGUUUAUGGAACAUUAUUACUUAAUCUGGUCGACGUGAUAAUCCUUGCGCGCCAACUUUUAUUUAACAUUUGUUACGUUGGCAACAAAGAAGAAGCGCUACCUAACUUUUUGCACGGGAACGCAUAUACUACUGGUAAAUUGAAUGAGACAUUCAGCAUAACUGAUUUUCAGUGUCUUCUCUAUCUUGCUCUUGCGAUUCUUGGAGAGGGACCUAUCAAUGGUUUUACCAAGUUCGCACACUUAAAGAGUGAGAUUGCAGGAUGUGCAGGUUAG